AUGGUCAUUGCAGAUGUGAAAGAGGCCACCAAGCCCGCAUCGGGCAAGGACAAGUCGAAAAACAUCAUGCGAGAUUUGCGUAUCCGCAAGCUCUGCCUGAACAUUUGCGUCGGUGAGUCCGGUGAUAGGCUGACACGUGCCGCCAAGGUGCUGGAACAGUUGACCAACCAGACACCCGUUUACUCGAAGGCCCGAUACACCGUGCGUUCGUUCGGUAUCCGCCGUAACGAAAAGAUUGCCGUCCACUGUACGGUGCGCGGAGCCAAGGCGGAGGAGAUCCUCGAGCGCGGUCUGAAGGUGCGCGAGUACGAGUUGCGUCGUGAUAACUUCUCGCAGACCGGCAACUUCGGGUUCGGUAUCCAGGAACACAUCGAUCUCGGCAUCAAGUAUGAUCCGACGAUCGGUAUCUAUGGAUUGGACUUCUACGUUGUUCUCGGCCGUCCAGGAUACAACGUUGCCCAGCGACGACGCAAGACUGGCAAGAUUGGUUUCAUCCACCGUCUCACGAAGGAAGACGCGAUGAAAUGGUUCCAGCAAAAGUAUGACGGAAUCAUUCUGAACAGCAAGGCGAAGUAAGCCUUGAUGGG